AUGGAAGAUCCAGAGAGAAUGAAUGCUCGCUCUAAUCAAAGUUUUACCAAUUAUAAUAUGAGUCGAUUCAUACAGAGACCCAACCCAUUUGACUGUAUGCAUAAUGGAAUGGGAGUUAGUGGAAAUUUAGGAUAUUCUUCUUAUCCUCCAGAAUGGGGAUUCAUGCACGGUUCAUAUCCAUCCAAUAUUAAUACUGAACGACAUUCAAGAUCCCCGGUUCCGUAUCAUCCGCCUAUGAAUAAAGACUAUGGUUUAUCAAAUGGACUAACAAAUAAUUCUUACCCCUCACCGCCCGGGGGUAGGCCAAAUUAUGAUUCUACACCUACUUAUAAUAAUAUCAGUAAUUCACCGCCAAGACAAACAACAUGUAUUACCCCAGAAUUAGAUAGAAAAGAUAAACAACGAGAUUCACCUGAUCCUUAUAAACUAGAUCUUUCUGUCAAGCCACGCAAAGAGAGAACAGCAUUCACCAAACAACAGAUAACUGAAUUGGAAAAAGAGUUUAAUAUGCAUAAUUAUUUAACCAGAUUAAGGCGAUAUGAAUUAGCAGUUGGCUUGGAUCUUACAGAACGUCAGGUUAAAGUUUGGUUCCAGAAUCGACGUAUGAAAUGGAAGCGAGUUAAAGGAACGAAAGUUGGUAAAGAUAGAGUUGAUGGACAUGUUAAACCUAUCAUGGGUUCUAAUAUAUCAUCUACUAGUCUAGCUGAUGAUGAU